AUAAACAAAAGGGAAAAGUGAGAAGUGGGCGAGAUUCUAAAUGAAGGAAAGAAGAUGGCUAUUAAAGCCCCCCAUGUGUUGAGCUAAAAUAGGCUAUGGCUGGACCAUUACUGCUACUACUGAUUUUAUCCUCAGUUCCGAAUUAUUUAGAAGCACAGAUCUCUUGAUUCUCAACUACCGAUAAAUCUACUUACUCCAACUUCAAUUGCUCUCUCCUUUUCUCUUCCGCCCGAAUUUUUUUCUUACCAUGGAGGGACCGCUUGAAACGGAAGGGACGAAAGCUUCUCGUCGGAAGGAGACUCUUUACGACGUGUUACAUCGUAUGCUUUCAACGAUCUUCUUUUCUGAUUCCGAUGGAUCAGAACCGCUGCUCCAGCGAAUCAAAAACUCUUUAUCGGAUAACGGUCCUCUUCUUAAGGAUGCUACUAGUAAUACUGGCCGGAAAAUUCUCCUCUGGACUCGCAGAGGCAGUCCUCUGCGGGCACUUCUCGUAAUCUCUGUUGGGACUAUUACUCUUCUUACAUUGACAGGAUUGCUUGUCUUUAUGCUUUUCUUUCUGGCAGCCACUGUCAAUGCCAUUAUUGUCUCUCUUCUCAUUUUUUUGGCAGCUAUAGGAGGCUUCACGGCUCUCUUCUUUGCUUGUGUAACAGCUAUAUAUAUAGGGGCAUUAUCAGUCGCCACAUUUGUGAUUUCCAUGGCAACAAUUUCGGCAAUUAUAGCUGUUUCUAUAGCUAUAGGUUGGAUUGGAUUUUUCUGGACUGUCUGGUUGGUGACAAAGAAAAGUUUCGAAGUAGCCAAGCAAUCGUUGAGCGUGACUGGAUCAGCAAUUUCAGCAUACUCUUUUGGUCGACAUGUGCCACACUAUCAAGAACUAGAUAAGCUGUCGAAUUGAGCCAUGAUACACUGAAGUCCAUUCAUGUGAAUGUCAUUGCAUGCCCUGGAUAUCUAUACAGCUUUACUUCUCUCACCAUUCUCAAGGUUGAUGACUGCUAUGCUAGUAUUUGUUGCUGGUCAUUGUUGCUGUCAUUCGGGAACUUUUGGUGAAAUCUACAGCUACAGUUUUAAAGCAUAUGUGAUAAGCACUGUGGUGUUGGAUAUAUUGUUCAAAUUGUGUAAUGAGCUGUUGCAUGGAGAUGCAUUUCAGGUAUUACUGGAUUUUAAUUUUAUGUAUUUAAUGUGCGUUUAAAGAUCGGUAUAAAAUAAAGCUGGUUAAUCUAAA